AUAAUUUGAAUUGACAAAAGUAAAAAAAUUACCGUAAUUUUAAUUAUCAUAAACCAAAUAAGCAAAAACAAAGUAUACAUUAUGUAUGUUAUUACUUAUACGACAUCUAUUUAUUCUUUCUUAUAUACCCUAAAUUAAAAAAUUUGGUGACAUUGACAGCGUAUACGGCAAAGGAAAGUAUUGUGUGAUAUUUGUUGAUAUUUUUAUUAUUUUAUCAAAAUGGAACUUAAAUUAUUGGAGAGAAUAGAAAAACUUGGGUAUAAUGGUCAACUGAUAGAACCUAAUAAAUUUAAAGAAGCCUUAAAACAAGGUCCAAAAUCACCAGAAUUUACAAAACUUGUAGCAUGGUUAGCAGAUGAGAUUGCAUUACUAAAUGAUAUGGAUGAAACUAUUCAUGCAAUAGUGUCACCAGAUGAUUCUAGUUCUUUCUUAUUAGAAUUAAGCUGUUUUCUUAAGGAAUUAGGAUGUAUGAAUGAGAGAUUAAUGACUGGUAAUGUUAACACAAGAUUAACAACUGAACAAGAUAGAUAUAUCUUAUUAGAUUUUUUGGGAGCAGAAUUAAAAACUUGUAGAUUAUUAGAAUUUAAAAAACAUAAAAAUUUAAAUUCCACUGCUGUUGUUGUUGAAGAGAGUGAUACAGCUAAAGAUCUUAAAGAUAUGUUAAUAGCUUUAAAUUUUGAAAAACCACCAAAUGAUAUUACUUCAGAAAAGCUUUUUACAAGACUGGAGAAUAAAUUGACUGAAGUAUUAAAAAUAGCUCCUUCUGAACUUGUAGGACAACCAUUAAUUACUCAUGAAUUCUCAGAAGCAGAUUGGAAAGAUCUUCAACAUAUACAACAAGAAUUACAUGAUGAAUACAGAGUGCGCCGUGAUAUGUUGCUCAAAAGACUUGAUGUAACGGUACAAUCUUUCCUAUGGUCAGAUAGAGUUAAAGCUCAAGAGGCUGAAUUAAAUAGACGUUAUGAAGAAACUAGAAAAUUUUUAAAUGCAGAACCAGACAUUACAAUUGCUGAUUUAUUAGCAGCAAGAGAUGAUAUUGCAUUAAUGGAAAAAACAAGCAAUGCAAGUGUUAGAAAAAAUACUCAAAGUGAAAUUAAUAAAGUUAUUAUAGGAGAAGUACCAGACAGAGGUGGAAGACCAUAUGAACAAGAACCACCACCACCUGAAAUGCCACCUUGGCAAAAAGAUAGGGUACCAGGACCUUCAACUAGUGGAGGUCGAGGAAGUGGAGGCAAUAGAGGCAGUGGUCGUGGAAGAGGCAAUUUUCAAAAUUCUAAUGCGACUUAUAUCAAUGAUAAUAGAAAUUCAUAUAGUGGUCAUGGAGAUAGUGGACAUCAAAGUUCAAAUUUUACUCUUAAUAGUGGUGGAUAUGGUGGACAAGGAGGAAAACAAGGAGGUGGUUAUGGAGGAGGGUAUGGAGGGCAAGGAGGAGGAUAUGGAGGAGGAUAUGGAGGAGGACAAGGAGGAUAUGGAGGAGGACAAGGAGGAGGAUAUGGAGGAGGACAAGGAGGAGGAUAUGGAGGAGGUCAAGGAGGAUAUGGAGGAGGUCAAGGAGGAUAUGGAGGAGGUCAAGGAGGAUAUGGAGGAGGUCAAGGAGGAUAUGGAGGAGGUCAAGGAGGAUAUGGAGGAGGUCAAGGAGGAUAUGGAGGAGGUCAAGGAGGAUAUGGAGGAGGUCAAGGAGGAUAUGGAGGAGGUCAAGGAGGAUAUGGAGGAGGUCAAGGAGGAUAUGGAGGAGGUCAAGGAGGAUAUGGAGGAGGAUAUGGAGGAGGACAAGGAGGAGGAUAUGGAGGAGGACAAGGAGGAGGAUAUGGAACAGGACAAGGAGGAGGAUAUGGAGGAGGUCAAGGAGGAUAUGGAAGUGGAUUUGGAACUGGUGGAAAUAGUUAUAGUGGAGAUAAUAGAGAUGGAGGAUAUGGUCAUCGAUAUUGUAAUUCAGGUAAUAUAGGACUUACAUCUCAAUCCGAGUAUAAAAGUGGACAACAAUAUCAAAGAGGAGGUUCCAGUGGUCGAGGAAGAGGAGGUAGAGUUCAGGGAGGAUGGAAUCAAGGAAUAGAUAAUUAUCAACGUGGCGGAUAUAAUCGUGGUGGAAGUCAAGGAGGACGACAAUAUUAAAAUAUUUUGUGUAAUGUAUUUAUUAUGAACGUAAUAUUAAUAGUAAAAGAUAUUUGCAUCACAGAGCAUAAUAAUUAAUAUCAAUGAAUUUCUAUAUAACAAAUGCUUAAAAUUUAUAUAUCUAACAUUGUUUUUAAACAUUAUAUAAGUUAUAAAAUGCAAAUAUUAAUUCUAAACUAAAAAUGAAUAAGAAACAUUGAUAUUAUUCAUAGAAACAUAAAUAAUUUACUCUUAUAUGAAUUAAAGUAAUCAUUGUAUCCUAUUUUAUAAGACUUUCUUGUGUUCUGAAUAUUAAUUUUGGCUAUGUAUUCGUUUGAAUUUUGUAAAUAUGCAUUCUUUUGUAUAAUGAAGAAAUAAUGAAUAUGUUGAAAUUAAUCUAUAUAAUGUAAUAUGUAAGAAAACAAAAUUUAUUGUUUAAAUUAUUUAAUUGUAUAAUAUUUACCAAAUAUAUACGUAUAUAUUAUAA